CAGAAUAGCAAUCAAAUGGCUUUUUCCGACUAAGUCAUCUCUCACGGUUUGCGCCUUUAAAUAGUCGAGUGAAAAGUCGCCAAUGGCACAUUACGACUGCAGACAUGGCAGUUCGCGUUAGUCGUGUUUCUCUCCUCUUUUUCGGGGUUGCUGCGCUGACAACGAGCUUUGUGCUCGUCCAAGCCGCACCUUUCAAGGAAACGGCCGAAAUCGAUGAGGUGAAUCUCAACACCCGCGACUUGAACGUGGACGACGGAAAUUCGCUCGAAACCCGAGAUCUCUGGGAUACUUUGGGCCUGAGCGGAGUCGUAAGCAGCCCUAGCGGUUUCAAAGACUUCGCCAACAACUUCGGAAAUGAAGAUCAGGACUUCAGCAAUGUGGUCUUCGACUCAGGGAACGGUGGCACCCAGGACAGCUUUAACAACUUCGGCGGCGGUAACCAGAACUUCAGGGGCGCGGUUUUCAACACGGGCGGCAAAGGACGCAACGGCGGGACGAAGGGCAGUUUCAACAACAGCGGUGGCGGCACCCAGCUCUUCGGGAGGGGCGCAAAGUUCAAUCUGGGCCCGACCACCGACAGCUUCAACAACUCGGGCCCCGGCAAGCAGACCGGCCUCGACACGGCCACCUUCGUGACGGGCCCCGUGAAGAACAGCUUCAACGGCCGGAACGCGCCCCCCGGGAGUUCUGGAGAGCCCGCCAAGGGAACCAAAAGCCCCAAGAAACCCCAGCCAGCCUCCUCGUUCAGCCUAUUCAGCUGGCUCGGCUGGUAACCCGAUGACACCACCAAGAUCCCCGCCUCCAGUUUCACCCGAUAAAUACCGGGUGACACCACCAAGAUCACCCCCUCCGGUCGGUUCACCCGAUAAAUACUGGAAGUCACCCCAAAAAUCACCCCCUCUGGUUGGUUCACCUGAUAAAUACCGGAAGACACCGUCAAGAUCAGCCCCUUCGGUUGGUCCAAACUAUAAAUACCGGAAGACAUCCCAAAGAUCAGCCUCUGCGGUUGGCUCACCCGGUAAAUACCGGAGAUCCCCCAGUAAAAAUAAGCCAAAAAAUCGUAGCCCCCAAAAAAGAUACCGACCAAAGACAAAGAGACAACUCUGAGACCAUUUUAUCUCACGAAUCGGUUGUAUUGAACUUGUCGAGUAUUUGAAUUUUUUAAACCGCGUAAUUUUUUGUUUCCAUGAUUGCAAUUAUUUUCCAUUGAUCGAAUACAUUUUACUGAGCAGA